CCCACUUCCGGUAACGUGACCUCUCACCUGACUGAAGGGUAGUGACUAAAUCGUAUUCUCCACGGCCUGUGACAGUAUCACGUGAUAUUGUACAAUCACGUGGCUGUGUAGCGUCUGAUCUGCUCUUGUGUGGCGUUAACCAGGAUCUGCCAGUUCUCAGCUGGUUGGAUGAUCUAGAGAUGUCUUCUCGAGGAUUUCAAACAGUCAUAAAGGGGGAAGCCUCUGAGACCGAUGAUGAAGAAGAGAUGUAUGUGACUUCUGUCCCCUCUAGGUCGUUCUCUGGUACAUGCGGUGUAAAAAUCCAAGGAGAAGCUUCAGAGACUGACGAAGACGAUGAUGAAGGUGUUGAGAAAAAUAAGGCUCCUUCCAAGAGUUUAGAGAAGGACCUUCCUCCUCUAGUAGUCAUCAGAAAUGAUGGAGAAGGUUCUCCAGUUGGUUUUGAAGAAAAGCCUAUAGUCAAUAUACAGCAGCCUGGACGCUACAGCACAUUACUGCAGCAGAAACUCUUGGAAAGCAAUGCUCGUCUUUACCAUGACGUCAACAACACCAUCCGGCAAGUCUACCAUACGACCACUAACGAGAUCCGGACGCUGACCGGUCAACUGAGCAACUCCCAGAAUGGGAUCAUUAAUGCGUCCCACAACAUUCGACUCGCCCUGGAGGACUUGAAAGGGGUGUCUGAGAAGAUCGACAUAAUAACCAGCUGUAACUUACUUCCCGAUAUAAGGAUCUAAGGACUUAAACUAACCUGCUCUUGUGCUUACA